GAGUGCGCACCACCCUACCGCCGAAACUCUCGCGUUGCUCGCUGCGUCUGUUCUCUCCUCCUCCACUACCACCACCACCGCCACCACCCCCCCUCCCCAUCACCACCACCACCAACAAGCAGCCCGCCCUCAGUCUCGGCGGCUCCUUCUCCUCUUGACACCCGAGCUGCAGCUGCCGAGGACCCCGCGGCUCAACAUGGCUACGAUUGUCACCUCCACCCGCUUCACAGACGAGUACCAGCUAUACGAGGAGCUCGGGAAGGGUGCGUUCUCUGUAGUUCGCAGAUGUGUGAAGAAAUCCACAGGGCAGGAAUAUGCUGCUAAAAUUAUUAAUACAAAAAAACUUUCAGCAAGAGAUCACCAAAAACUGGAGCGGGAGGCCAGAAUCUGCCGUCUACUCAAGCACCCCAACAUUGUGAGACUCCAUGACAGCAUCUCUGAAGAGGGCUUUCAUUACCUUGUCUUUGAUCUGGUAACUGGUGGAGAACUUUUUGAAGACAUAGUUGCUCGAGAAUACUACAGUGAAGCUGAUGCCAGUCAUUGCAUCCACCAGAUACUGGAGAGCGUCAAUCACAUCCACCAGCAUGACAUUGUUCACCGAGAUCUGAAACCUGAAAAUCUGUUAUUGGCAAGCAAGCUGAAAGGAGCAGCGGUGAAGCUGGCAGACUUUGGGCUAGCUAUUGAAGUGCAAGGAGAGCAGCAAGCAUGGUUUGGUUUUGCUGGAACACCUGGCUAUUUGUCCCCGGAGGUUCUACGCAAAGAUCCCUAUGGAAAACCAGUCGAUAUCUGGGCAUGUGGUACGUUUGUGAUCUUUUGGAGAUAUUGUAAUUGUACUGCAUUACGUAUGGUGAAAUCCAAUUUUCUUCUGCCAUGUGUCUUUCAUAAUUUUCUUUUUACCUGUCUAGGGGUGAUCCUUUAUAUCCUCCUUGUGGGUUACCCACCAUUUUGGGAUGAAGACCAGCACAAACUCUACCAGCAGAUAAAAGCAGGUGCCUAUGAUUUUCCCUCCCCCGAGUGGGACACUGUUACUCCAGAAGCCAAGAAUCUUAUUAACCAAAUGCUGACCAUCAACCCAGCCAAGAGGAUCACAGCUGACCAAGCUCUGAAACAUCCCUGGGUCUGCCAACGUUCCACUGUGGCCUCAAUGAUGCACCGACAAGAGACUGUUGAGUGUCUGCGCAAGUUUAAUGCUCGCAGGAAGCUAAAGGGUGCAAUCCUCACCACUAUGCUGGUGUCAAGAAACUUUUCAGCCGCCAAAAGCUUAUUAAACAAAAAGUCAGAUGGAGUGAAGAAAAGAAAGUCCAGCUCCAGUGUUUGUUUAAUGCCUCAGACAAACAACAGUAAAAACAAUAUAGUAGACAGCAGCAAAGAGAGCAGCAUUUCAUCCUGCGCACCGAUGGAGCCACAGACCACUGUAGUUCACAAUCCUGCUGAUGGUGUCAAGGGUUCCACGGAGAGCUGUAAUACAACAGAGGAGGAGGAAGCGAGAGCAUCUGCAUGUGGCUCUAGCAAGGACAGUGCGGUGAUGAGCCAGUGCAGUGCCACUACAGAGGAGUUGACAGUGCAGGCGGGAUCCCCUCAAUGCCUGCCAGCCACUGGCCUGCUGCAUGAAGUAAAGCGCAAUGCUUGGAACAGUUCAGGACAGACCUCUGAUUUAGACCAUGCGCUUUCCAUAGCCUCCUCUUCCAGCCCUGUAGGGGGCAGCAGCGUGCAGCAGUGUCGCAAACAGGACAUCAUCAAGAUCACAGAGCAACUGAUCGAAGCUGUGAACAACGGUGACUUUGAAGCCUACACAAGAAUUUGUGAUCCUGGACUGACAUCCUUUGAACCAGAGGCACUUGGUAACCUGGUGGAAGGAAUGGACUUCCAUAAGUUCUACUUUGAAAAUUUGCUGAGUAAGAAUAGCAAGCCGGUCCACACCACCAUCCUGAACCCACAUGUACAUCUAAUUGGAGAGGACGCCGCCUGCAUCGCCUAUAUCCGUCUAACACAGUAUAUCGACAGCCAGGGCCGGCCUCGUAGCAGCCAGUCUGAGGAGACCCGGGUGUGGCAUCGCCGUGAUGGGAAGUGGCUUAACGUGCAUUUCCACUGCUCUGGAGCACCUGCUGCACCGCUACAGUGAAGUCUGCAGUCAUUGGUGAAAGCUCACCUGCAUUCUGAACCUGAAAGGAGUUUUCUUCUCCGUAGUGAGAUUGGCGCCGGGAAGUCCGGCCAGACGAGACCUCUCGACGUUUAAAAAAAAAAAUAAAAUAAAAAAAUUAAAAUGUAAAAAAAAAAAAAA